AUUACACAAGCACUCACACACUCCCAACACUCGCACACACUCCUCUGAGAGCUCAAGCCCAGUACUGGCUUAUUUUUCUUUUGGAGAUCGCAUACAGGAAAACAGCACAGAAAGAACCGGGAAAGAAAAAACUUUCUUUUUUUUGGAGUCCUAUUCAAGGAGAGCGUCUGAGUUAGCGUGAGUUGAGUGUUGGGUGAAUGGGUUGUCAUGGUGACUGACACUGGCAGGCUGACCCUAGAAGAAGACUGGAUGUUGAAUGGACAGAGAGCUGCAGUGGCCAGCCAGUGAAAGUAACAGGGAGUUAUCGGAGAAAGGGAAGAAGGGAGGAAGAGAAUGGAGGACGGCUUCUCCAGCUACAGCAGUCUCUAUGACACCUCCUCACUGCUGCAGUUCUUCAACGAUGACAGUGCCUCGGCGGCGAGCAGUAUGGAGGUGACGGACCGGAUCGCCUCUCUGGAGCAGCGGGUUCAGAUGCAGGAGGAUGAGAUUCAGCUGCUCAAGUCGGCACUGGCUGAUGUGGUGAGGAGACUGAACAUCUCAGAGGAGCAGCAGGCCAUGCUCAGCAGGAAAGGACCAACCAAAGAAGGAGCAGUGAGGAGAGACUCUCCCUCCUCUGACAGCAGUUUUGGGAAGCCAGCUAGACCAAUGAUUGCAGCUCUGCCCCUGAGAUCCACGGUCAACAAUGGUACUGUCCUGCCUAAGAAGGGCGGCACACUGCCAUCCCCCUCCGGCUCCAAGAAGGACAACAACUCACCAGCAACCAAAAGUCUGUCCCAUCUGCCCAGGUUUCUUCUAAGGCCACCUUACAGCACUGUGAAGAGAACAAGUUCAUCCGAGCAAGUUGGCCCUAACAACAGGAAAGACAGUGGUGUGGACUCCAAAAGCAAUCGCACACGCGCUGGUUCCACAGGGAGCAACUCCAGUGGCAAGAAAGCCACAGAAAACAAACAGAGGGAGCCUGUUUUCAGCACAGGGAUGCGACGUGUGACGCACUGCAAAGAUGAAGGGUAUGUCAGAAUGUAUUUGAAGGGACGACCCAUCACCAUGUACAUGCCCAGAGACCUGGUGGACACAUACUGCCUUGAAGCAAAGGCUGACUUGCCUCCUAAAAAACUGAAGCUAGACUGGGUCUAUGGUUACCGGGGCCGUGACUGUCGAUCCAACCUGUACUUGCUCCCGACAGGGGAAACGGUUUACUUCAUCGCAUCUGUGGUUGUGCUGUAUAAUGUGGAUGAGCAACUACAAAGACACUACACUGGACAUACUGAUGAUAUCAAGUGCCUCACUGUCCAUCCUGAUAAAAUCACCAUAGCAACAGGACAAGUGGCUGGCACAUCCUCAGAUGGAAAACAGUUGGCUCCUCACGUGCGAGUGUGGGACUCUGUGAGUUUGAACACGUUGCACAUCCUUGGAACUGGUUUCUUUGAUCGAGCGCUGGUUUGCCUCUCCUUCUCAAAGUCGAAUGGAGGAAGCUGGUUGUGUGUUGUGGACGACUCCAAUGACCACAUUCUCUCUGUGUGGGACUGGCAGAGGGAGGAAAGACUUGCUGAAGUCAAGUGCUCCAAUGAGUCAAUCUUUGCUGCUGAUUUCCACCCGACAGAUGCUAAUAUAAUUGUAACCUGCGGGAAGUCACACCUUUAUUUCUGGUCAUUAGAAAAGGGAUCUCUUGUGAAAAAACAGGGUCUUUUUGAGAAACAAGAGAAGCCCAAGUUUGUAUUGUGUGUGACUUUUUCAGAAAAUGGCGACGCCAUCACUGGAGACUCGAGUGGAAAUAUACUUGUGUGGGGCAAAGGAUCUAAUCGUAUUAGCUUGGCCAUUCAGGGAGCACAUGAGGCAAGCGUCUUUGCACUUUGCAUGUUGAGAAAUGGUACGCUGGUCUCAGGUGGGAAGGACCGGAAACUCAUCUCCUGGGAUGAAAAUUAUCAAAAGAUUCAAACGGUGGAGGUUCCGGAGUUAUAUGGCCCUAUUCGGACUGUGGCUGAAGGACGGGGAGAAACGGUUCUUAUUGGCACUACCAAAAACUAUGUCCUGCAAGGCAGUCUGGAUGGGGAGUUCAUACCCAUCACCCAGGUCUGUUGA